AUGGCAGAUGAUGAAGUGGAAUUGGAGAAGCGUGCAGUCGCGGAGCUGCUACGUGAAGCCACGUUGGGCGCUGCCAGAGCUUCUGAAGUUGGGCCUUCAGGUUGGAAAAAAUGCCCUUUGAUGAAAACCAACAAGCGCUUCCUCACGAACACCAUUGUGCAGCAUAUUGGUGCCAACAGAGUGAUUUCUAAAAGGAAACGUGAAUCUUCAAGGAACAGGAAAUCUCGUUCCCCUGAGAGAAAAUCUUCAAAACACAGAGAAAAAUCUGAGCGGGAUAAAAGUGCUCGAGACAGUUCCAGACGUGAAGACUGUGAUAAAGACAAAAGCAAGAAGUACAAAAGAGAUGGUUGA